CGCUGUAUCCAGCUGUGGAAUUGGAGAUGUGGGGCUACAGGGCGGAGAAAAGAGGGAGAGGAAACUAAAUAGAAAGGAAGGAGGUCCCACUUUUCGCCGAGCACGACAUGGAGAGAAGGUGAAAGAUUUUCUUGUAAGCCUCCAAGCAGCUCCCUUUCAAAGGCGCAGCGGUUUGCUGUCCGCAUCGCGAUAAACAGAAAGUGAACAGACCUGCUCUGUGUCAGGAUCUUGGAGAAAGUCAGGGCAAGUUUUCAGAGGAAACGAGACAUUGCCGGGCGGUAGCGAGUGGAGUUCUGCUUGUUCGCACAGAGAGAAAGCGGGGAAAACAGAGACGGCUCUGUUGCGCGGAUUUUAAUGAAAUACAGCAGCUGUCGGACACACGCCUGCAACCUCUACCUACUCGGAGUUAGAUGCGUUUGACUUUAAGAUGCGGAGCGACCCCAUACUGUUCGCCUCGAGGGCGAUGGAGGAGUUGUUGGCCGAGUUGCGGGUAUUUUUGGAGUUGUUAGACAGAGAGUAUUUAACUGCUGGAGUGAGAGAGAAGAAACAGCAAAUAUUAAACAUCCUGCACAGAGUUCUAGCCACUAGAGAGCCUUCAUGUAAGACAGAGAUACACACCUCUCUCCCGGCCCCUCCUCAGAUGCCCCUGCCAGAGAUUCCUCACCCCUGGAUGCCUCCAGACAAUGGCCCUCCUCCCUUGCCGAGCUCCUCUCUUCCUGAAGGUUAUUAUGAGGAAGCUGUUCCACUAGGCCCUGGGAAAGCACCAGAGUACAUCACCUCUAGUAAGGACAGCGAUGCUAUGAGCAGUUCAUAUGAGUCAUAUGAUGAGGAAGAGGAGGACGGGAAGGGGCAGAAGAUGCGUCACCAGUGGCCAUCUGAGGAGGCCUCCAUGGACCUGGUGAAAGAUGCGCGAAUCUGUGCCUUCCUGUUGCGAAAGAAACGUUUCGGACAGUGGACCAAACUGCUCUGUGUCAUAAAGGACAACAAACUGUUGUGCUACAAGUCGUCUAAAGACCAGACUCCACAGAUGGAGCUCCUCCUUUCUGGCUGCAGUAUCACACACAUUCCCAAAGACGGCAAGAAAAAGAAGCAUGAACUGAAGAUCGUCCAUCAGGGAGCUGAUGCUCUGGUGCUUGCUGUACAGAGCAAAGAACAGGCCGAAGAGUGGCUAAAGGUGAUGAAGGAAGUCUGCUCCAAUGGAAAUGGAGUGGUGGACUGUGAUGGUGCUGGCUCUGGUUCCCCUAUUCACAAAGCAGAGCUGGAAAAGAAGCUGUCCUGCGAUCGACCCAGUUCAGAUGGAGAGCCCUGCCAUGAAAAUGGCAUCUCAGAUGGCAAAGAUCCAGCCAAAGGCAAGAAGAACUCUAAAUCAGAGCAGAAAGGCACUGUGGGACGUGUGACUGGAAAGAAAAUCACUAAAAUCAUAAGCCUGGGCAAGAAGAAACCAUCUACAGAUGAACAGACCUCAUCAGCGGAGGAGGAUGUCCCAACAUGUGGCUAUCUGAACGUGCUGUCCAAUAACCGCUGGAGAGAGCGCUGGUGCCAGCUAAAAGACAACCAGCUGUUGCUGCACAAAGACCGGGCAGAUCUGAAGACACACAUGGCCUCUCUGCCGCUGCGGGGGUGUGAGGUCAUUCCAGGGCUGGACUCCAAACAUCCCUUCGCCUUCCGUCUGCUGCGCAAUGGACAGGAGGUUGCUGUUCUGGAGGCCUCAUCCUCUGAGAGUAUGGGAAGGUGGUUGGGGGUCUUACUGGCCGAAACGGGCUCCACAACAGAUCCUGCUGCACUGCACUACGAUUACAUUGACGUAGAGACCACUGCUAAUGUAAUUCAACUGGCCAAGCAGUCAUUUUGUUUCACCAGUAAGCGUGCAGUUUCUCCAAACCCAUACCUGGAUAACCCGGUCAAUGGUUAUGCCUGCCCCACAGGGGUCGCUCUGCAUUAUGAUGAUGUGCCCUGCAUCAAUGGAUCGGUACCAGAUGCGCACUACUCCACCCCAGCUUCAGGGGACCGUCGUUGGAAAGAAGAGUCUCAUUAUGAGAAUACAGAUCUUUAUGAAAACAUGCCCUCCCCCAAACUAGCAGCACGCUACUCUCCCAAAUCUAUCCGCCCGUCAUCUUCCACAGGGCAUUACAACACACCGCUCUCCACCAAAUCUCUGUCCUCUUCCUCCUCUCACUCAGCUGCUAAUACUAACACUACCCAGCUGAAAGGAAAGAAAGGCCUGACCACCAAUGGGUUUGCUGCAAAGCAGAAGUUGGACAAGAAUCAGCCCAAAAAGGCCAAUGGAAUUAGCAGCACUCUGCCAGUGAAACGCAACAACUCUAGUGUGGAUCAGUAUAAGUACGGGAAAAACAGAGUGGAGGCAGAUGCCAAGAAACUCCAAGCCAAAGAGGAGGAGCUGAUGAAGAGGAAGCAGGAAAUUCGAAACCGCCUGACCCAGCUGAAAAAAGACAGGAAGGACCUCCGCACUGCUAUAGAGAACAACACAGGCAAGCGUUCUCAGGCAACUUUGACAGAGAGACUUAAGAAAGUGGAGGAUGAAUGCAAACUGAAAGAGGAGGAGCGAGUCAAUCUGGAGCUGGAACUGACAGAGGUGAAGGAGAGUCUGAAGAAAGCCCUGAAUGGAGGCGUCACCCUGGGCCUGACCAUUGAACCCAAAACUGGCAGCUCCAGCCCACAGUCUCCAGUGUUAAUGAGGCGAACGGUGGACAACUCGCCCAUCUCCAGCUGUGACACCAGUGAUACUGAGACCUGCUCUCUGCCAGUCAACAGCGCGUCUCUGCUGCGCCGCCAGACACAACAGAAAGCCUCACCCGUGCGAGGACACGUCCUCAGGAAAGCCAAGGAAUGGGAGAUGAAAUCUGGCACAUAAGUUCCUUUCCACCAACUUUUCACUUUCAUUGUAUCUAUUUAUUUAAUUUUGUCCAUAUAUGAGUGAUGUUGAAAUUGAAUUGACUGAACCAUAGACACUAUUUUCCAGAAUGAAUUCUGGAAGACCUUGA